CCGGGGCCGGUAACGCUGAGGGAGCGCAGAGGGAACAUGGAUGCGGCGGCGGCGCGGCGGGGGGCCGGGCCAGGCCGGGCGGCGGCGGCGGGAGCGUGGUGGUAGCGACCCCGCCGGCCUCGUUCCCUCGCAGCCUCCCCUCCGCUUUUUUUUUUUUUAAUUAUUUUUUUUUGUGUGUGUGUGUGUGGGGGGGGGGGUUAUGGCGGCCCCGGGCCCUCCGCAGCUCGCUUGGCUGCGGCUGGGCCCGCGGCUGCGUGCCGGGCUGGAGGUCGCGCUGCGGGUGCCCAGCUUGUUCCUCAUCGACGCCAUCUUCAACUCGGCCCCGCUGCCGGGGGGCUCCGUGUGCGCCGCGCUCCUGGCCGUGCUGCUGCGGCUGCUGGGUGUCUUUGUAUCCAGUGUUGUUCUGGUGUUACAACAGCGAGCACUUUUCAAGUUCUACAUGAUCGCCUCGGCGUUUCUGCUGGCUGCAACUUCAGUGUUGGUGAAUUACUACGCUUCUUUGCACAUAAACUUCUACAGUGCCUACUACACAGCAGCUUUCGGAAUUCAGUUCUUCCCUCACAAAGGACCCUCACUAUGGAUGGCGCUUUCCAUCCUCCAGCUGACCUUUGGAAUCGGAUACGUUACGUUGCUGAACGUGCAGUCCAUAUACUCUCAGCUCAUCAUCCUGGACAUACUGAUUCCUGUAAUCGGCUUGGUUGUGGAACUACCUUUGAGCGUCCGACAGAUGCUGGUUUUUAUUUCAGGCCUCGUGCUGACACUGAACACCACAGCCAUUCUAGUUACAAAAAUUAAAUGGUUCUAUUACUCUGUGCGGUAUGUUUAUCUGCUGGUGAGGCACAUGUACCGCAUUUAUGGAUUACAGCUACUGAUGGAGGAUACGUGGAAGAGGAUUCGCUUUCCAGCUGUACUGCGGGUCUUCUGGCUGACGAGACUUACGGCACAGGCUGUGGUGCUGACGUACGUCGUGAAGAUGGCCGAAACCAACACAGAAGACAAAUUCUUGAUAUCGUGGGAUAAUUGCUGGGAACUGAUUUGCAGCCUGAUAAUAAGCGGGUGUGAUUCUACCUUAACUGUGUUAGGCAUGAGCGCUGUCAUCUCCUCCAUAGCGCAUUAUUUGGGACUCGGCAUCUUGGCCUUCAUCGGGUCGACCGAUGAAGAUGACAAAAGGCUUGGUUUUGUAGCACCUGUUUUGUUUUUCAUUUUGGCCCUGCAGACUGGCUUGAGCGGCCUGAAACCAGAGGAAAGACUGGUUCGCUUGAGUCGAAACAUGUGCCUUUUGCUGACCGCAGUCCUGCAUUUCAUCCACGGAAUGACAGACCCCGUGCUGAUGUCUCUCAGUGCCUCCCACGUGUCGUCGUUCCGCAGACACUUCCCCGUGCUGUUUGUUUCAGCUUGCCUUUUCGUCCUGCCAGUUCUGCUCAGCUACGUCCUCUGGCACCACUAUGCACUGAACACGUGGCUUUUCGCGGUUACGGCGUUCUGCGUAGAGCUUUGCCUAAAAGUAAUCGUUUCUAUCACUGUUUAUAUAUUGUUUAUGAUUGAUGGCUACUAUAAUGUGCUGUGGGAGAAACUUGAUGAUUAUGUCUAUUAUGUUCGUUCAACUGGCAAUAUUAUUGAGUUUAUAUUUGGAGUGAUGAUGUUUGGGAACGGAGCUUACACGAUGAUCUUUGAGUCGGGAAGUAAGAUCCGCGCUUGCAUGAUGUGUCUGCACGCGUACUUCAACAUCUACUUACAAGCAAAGAACGGCUGGAAGACUUUUAUAAACCGCAGGACUGCUGUUAAGAAAAUCAACUCCCUUCCAGAGGUAAAAGGGAGCCGGCUACGUGAAAUAGACGACGUAUGUGCAAUCUGCUACCACGAGUUCACCACCUCUGCUCGCAUUACUCCCUGCAACCAUUACUUUCACGCACUUUGUCUUCGGAAGUGGCUGUACAUUCAGGACACGUGCCCCAUGUGCCAUCAGAAGGUGUAUAUUGAGGAUAAGGAAAACGCCAAUAUCUCUAACAACAGUGGAUUUGUGGCACCCAACGAAGGUCCUGUAGAAGCUGCGGAAGAAGCUGCUGAUGCUGAAAAUGAAUUAAAUGAAGAUAAUGACAGUUCAGAGAGCGACGACGACUGUGUGGAACAGCACUUGAAUGAGACUCUUAAUGCUAACUCUAACUCUGGGUGAUUGAGAAGUCCUUUCCUAAGCUGUGAGGUAUUUGUUUAAAUUGACUUCAACAGAUAAAAAGUAUCACUUUGUAGUUGUUAUACCUAAGCACAACAGCAGUAUCUUGAUGUUGAGUCUGUGAAUGGUGGUUGUUUACUGUGGUGUGUGCUACUGUAAAUAUACCUCUAACUUGCUGGUCUCUUUCAUGACCACCUUAAAUUAUGUACAUUAUUGUACAUGGAAUAAAACGUUUUCAUGUUUUUAAGAUGGUUGGAAAAACACUCUUUAAUUGAUGUAGUGAGAAUGCUGUGCCAAAGACUGUAUACCAGUAAUCCCUGAUCAACGAGUUCUGGAUGUAAAGGAAAAAUAUUGGUGAAAGCAGACUGUUCGACAGCUCAAAUCAGAAAUGAAAAGCCUGAACCAAAGUAGCUUUACUUACAAAUUCAGUAUUAGCAGAGCUUUAUUGCUUAAAAACUAGUGAGUUGUAUUUAAGAAAAAAUAAAAAAAUAGGCUGGUAGACUUAAUGCUACAGCAUUUGUGUAUGCGGAACAAAAAAAUGAAACUGUUAAGCUUUUGGGUAAAGUAGUAAAGCAUGCACUUGAUUUAUUAAGCAUUUCUGAAUUACCAGUAGUAACUUGAAGUAUUCUACAUGUGAACUCAGCAGCCUGGUAUUCAUUUUGCAAUGCAUACACGUAUUAACAAGAGCUGCUAGCUUAGACUAUCUUUAAAAUUGAUCCUGAAUCUUGAUGAAAAGGAAAUAGGGCUGAGAAACUGUACCAAUGCAGACCACCUUUUUCAAAAUCAGCUUUAAUCUUGUACAAAAAAAGCACUACAUACUGGCUUCCAUUGAUAAGAACUUGCAGAUAUGAUCAGUCUUAAGUUAUGCUGAGUGAGUGUAAGAAGAACUUUAUAUAUUUGGAAAGAAGACUUUAAUAGUGUUGUUAUAUAGCGUAUUGGCCAACUCGAGCGGGUCUUCUUCUCUUACCGCUGCCAUUAUUUCCAGAAUUUGACUAAAAAAGAAAGAUUGGUAUUAGAGACUCUGAAACUCAGUACUGAAUAUAUGUCAGACUGUCGCAUCUGUAUGUACAUAAAUAACUAAGAUUCACCUGGAAUAAAAACCUCCUUUGAGAGCAACAGGGUAAGAUGCUCAAAUCUGCACACAGCUUCACUUUUAAGUAAGUCACUGACGUCCAUUCCCUGAACACGGGUUGCUCACUGGUACAGAUUCAUCUUUGGUCUUUUGACUCUUGUUCAGAGGUUAUUAAACAGCUUUCUGUUCCAAAGAAAGUGUCACUUUGUGCAUGUCUUUAUCAGCGGUCCUGAUUCCUCAGACUGAAAGUCAUUAACCUCCUUUCAAGGUUAAAGCUGCACUAUAAACAAAUUGGUUUAUGGCAAAGCUUAAAUUCCAGCUAUAAACUUACCUGCGAGUACAGCUGCCAAAAGAGGUCAUUUCAACCUCCCUUUCUCUAGAUUGUGAGGAAUACACGCAGGUACUAGUAGUAGUCGAUGUUAAAUGAGCACUGUAAAAGGCCCAUGGCCUUGAUACGACCCAGGAAAAGGUGGCAAAAGAAAUUGACUGAGUAGUAGUAACACUCAGUGAGACAAAACAAGCCACAACCUUGUCUCUGCACUUAUUUUCUUGAUUUCCUAUCACUUGUGUGUACAGAAAAAAAAUGUAUAGUCUGUACAAUUCCUAACAGGCUUUACACUAUUUUUUUUUUCCCUAGCAGUAGGAAAGAAAGCAAGCUUCUUUGUAAUCUAGAUGAAGGACCUCAAGUUCGAUGGUGUUUGGGUUCUGGAUGUUUGCCACAACUUAUACAAUAGUUAAGCUCCUCCUUGAGGAAGGCAGAGUAGAAGAAGUUGCUCCUAACUAUUCCUUUCAUACCGGUAUUUUCCUGGAUUAAAACUUAGCCCAUUUCAUGCCCACUUGUGCUUUGCAGCCAAACAGCUUCUCGAUUUAAGGAGAGGUUCAAGAGAAGAUGGGGUGAGAUCAGGCCUACACAGAAAUAAUUGCCAAGUACCAAAAAAUUUCAGCCCUGAAGAGUUUUGGUAGGGCUUACAGGUAUCGAUCCCCACAGGGCUGUAGUAGGAUGCCAUUGUUAAUAAUAUUGCUAUUAUUGUAGCAUCCUACAAGUUAUUGUGACAUUGUGUGUAUGAAAACUUCAGAAGAAAAAAAAAAAAAAGCCUCUGGUGGCUAGAAUUUCAAUAAAAAUAGCUUCCGGGGGGGGGGGGUAGUGCAGUUAUUUAUAUAUGUGUGUGUGUAUAUAUAUAUAUAUAUAAAAUAAAAUCACCAGCAAAAUUGAAAGCUGUCCCCACCGCCCCCAUCCACCACUACCAAAAAAAGACAAGUGGAAAAACCCUCCUGCCAACUGAGCUAUAUUAAACAGCAUAUAUACCCUAAUUAUUAAAUAUAGUUUGUGGCCUCACGCUACCUUUCCUCUCACAACAGAUCAUGCUGCUUGAGAAGUCACAAAAUACCGCGCUUCCUAAGGUUUAAGAGGUUCUCAGGUUACUAAUCUGCAUCUAGUAAAGGUUAUAAUUAAUUUUAAAAGGAUAGUUGGUUUGAAAUAAGGUUAAGCUAAACGAGAUUGUUUGCAGUUGAUCUCUUCCCUAACUCCACAGUCAUGGACUGACCUCAGAAAGGCUAAAUAGCGAAACAGCCUUUCUGUGCUAGUGUUGUGUUUGUGUUCAAAAUAAAAUUAAUUUCAAAGAGUAUUACAGAGCAACAUAACUGCACAGAAAUAUAUUUGAACACUCGUAGAGUCACUGUGUAAGCUUUAGCACGAUCAAUUUUUUCUCUGAAGUUUCUUCAGGUCUCUCAAAAACACGGCACUGCCCUCAGUUGUCACAUAACCUCUUGCUUAGACGCUGCCAAAUUCCUAGAUUCUUUCGUAGCAUCCUGAGAAGUAUUUCAAAAUCCAGUUCCAAACAGGUCAUUUACACAACUUUUCAGAGAAAUACAUAGAGGCUUCCCAACAAAGAAAGAUCUUUUGAUCACGCAAACAGGCUUUGCAGCUGCAUAAGUACAGCCGUGAACCUUACUUGCUGCCCUGAAGUCAUUCAGGUGCUACGCCACAAGAAACCUUCCUGAACUCCUUUUCCAGGAGCUGAUAAUGAGAUGACGACAGAGAAGCCUGCCGUGACUCACCAACCAGAUUGUGCUAAGUCAUAAAACUUCAGGCAUUUCAUCUGCCAAAGCUAUUUAACAGAGAUAACUACACAUU